AUGCAGACAGCGGCACGAUCCACACAGAGAGUUUAUUUGAGGACUGUUCGUCAAAGAAGCGAUGUUGUGAAAAAUGCUUGGUCAGACGCGAACCAUGUCCCAGCUGUUGUUGUGGUUCAUUGUAGACCGUUGCCGAGAAAUGCCUCAGGAUUGAGUAAAGCAUGUGACAAUCACCGCCUGAAGUCAACACAGAACAAGCUAGUCCAGUUGUCUUGGUUUUCUGAUACCCAGCGAAAGCCUGAGCAAACAAUCAGUCUGAGUGAGGAUGCCUGUCCACAAGGUAUCCAGGGGGAUGACUGCGUCACCUUUAAACUCUGGCUGGAAAGCUGUAGAAGAUAUGGCCUGGCUAACUGCAACAAUCAGCUGCAAGGGAUACAGUCUGGGAGAAAAACUCUUUCUGAGGUGAUGGUGGAACAAGAGAAGCUGAUUUCAGAAAUCGCGGAGCAGUAUCAGGCAGCCUCACAGAGACAUGACACGUACAGUAACGUGCAGGGCCUUCAGGAUGGUGUGGCAGCUUCUGUGGAUGUGGAUGUAGAUAUGCCUUGUCCUCAGGGAGUCCAGGGUCUUGACUGUGCCCGGUUCAAGCUGUGGCUGGAGAACUGCCACAGGUUUGGGCUCCAUGACUGUGCCCAGCAGCUGGACAGUUUUGAGGCCGGGAGGAAGUCAUUAGCUGAGGUAUUUGCCGAACAGGACAAAAUGAUUCGUGAGGCAGCUACAGUGACCUACCAGAAAAUAUCCAGGCAGCAGAGGAAGUAUUCCACAUCCACAAGAAAUCCAGCAUCUGGAGACAGGGAUCCACCAGGUGGUUCCACAUCCACAAGGAAUCCUGGGUCUGAAGACAGGGAUCCACUUGGUGGUUCCACAUCCACAAGGAAUCCUGGGUCUGGAGACAGCAGUCCCCCAGGCGGGCCGGAGCAGGGCUCAGGAAGUCAGCUGACACAGAGGCAAAAACUACAGCGGGCUGUGAAGGAGUAUGGGAGUACAGUUAUUGUUUUCCAUGUCACCAUUUCAUUGAUGUCACUAGGAUUCUUUUACCUGCUAGUUUCCAGUGGCAUCGAUGUUGUGGGGCUGCUAAUGAAGCUGGGCAUCGGAGAGUCGUUACUACAGAACAAACUGGCAGCUGGCACUGGGACUUUUGUUGUAGCUUAUGCCGUCCAUAAAGUGUUCGCACCGGUGCGCAUUGCCACUACUCUGACCGCCACACCUUUCAUUGUGAGAUACCUGCGUCGUGUUGGCUUCCUCAAAGUUCCUCAGCCAGUCAAGCCUAAACAAUAA